UAGGAAAUGCAGCACUUGGAGACACUCGCACGAUUCGAGAAGGACGUAAAACGAACCGACACCGGGUUCCUGGCGAUAGCAACAAAGGUGGAGGAUAACGGAGUAAAAAACUCGGAACCUCCGGGAACGAUCAAGGAAUUAUUGAAGGAGUUCCAAGACAUUCUUCCCGACGAUCUUCCAAACGAGCUACCGCCAUACCGCACACAUCAACACGAGAUCGUGGAGGAACCGAGUUCGAAGCUGACCUUCCGAGCACCAUAUCGGCUCAGCCCUACAGAGCUGACCGACAUGAAAAAACAGAUCGAGUAUCUCCUAGCCAAAGGACUCAUCCAACCAUCCACUUCGCCAUACGGUGCCCCAGUACUCUUCACACCGAAACCGGACGGAAGCCUGCGCAUGUGCAUCGACUACCGAGCUCUUAACAAGCAGACCAUCAAGAAUAAAUAUCCGAUACCGCGAAUCGAUGACCUGCUUGACCAGCUUCGGGGAGCUACGGUAUUUUCCAAACUGGAUCUGCGGUCCGGGUACUGGCAGAUACGGAUGGCGGACAACUCUAUCCACAAAACUGCCGAAAUGAACCACAUUCUAUGACCACUUUUGGACGAGUGCGUGGUG